CCGACCACGCCCUCCCUUUCUCUCCAUGCAAUGGAAUGCCACCACACUCGCAAGGUCCAUUCUGUACCACGACCGUGCGUUGAUAGUGGUCAAUAAACCACACAGUCUAGUGGCGCAGGCAACAUCGAGAGCGAAUCACAAGAAUGUAGUCGACUUCGAUAAAAUGUUGACAGCGAUCAAAAAGCAUCUUGGUCUCGAUGAGCUACCGUACCCUCUGCAUCGACUUGAUAAGCCGACAACCGGGGUGUUGGUCUUGGCCAAACACAAGAAGGCCGCGCAACAACUUUCCCAGCAAUUCCAGUCUCGGGAGGUCCAAAAGUCUUACCUCGCUCUCGUCCGUGCAGGAAAGAAAACGUUUCAAACCAACACAGGAAUCAUUUCUGCUCCCCUCGUGAUUGAGGAUGGACACGUAGCGCUUAGUACAGGUACAGCCCAAGUGGAAAAAUCCGCCAUCACUUCCUGGGAGCUGUUGGCGUCUUCGCAAAAGGCACCUCUAUCUCUGGUCCGCUUGCAGCUUCACACAGGACUAAAGCAUCAACUCCGUGUUCACCUUUCCCGUGUUCUCGGAGCACCAAUUCUGGGUGAUGCAUUAUAUACCAGAACACCUCCGGCUGACGAGAUCACAUCCCUCCCGACAUACGUCAAAGAACGACUAUAUCUGCACGCUCACAGUAUCUCGCUCCACCGAUAUCGACGCGAAGGCCCCAAUAAGCGCUAUCAGCUUACAGUCGCUGCACCACCUCCGCUGGACUUCCUGAAACUCUGCAAAGAAGCGGGGUUGACUGAAGAGCUGGACGAAGACACGAUUCGAGGUGGAGUCUUCGUGGACGGUAUCCAAGAGGUGUGCGGAAUUGGAAUCGGGCACACAGCUCGGACAUUCGGCUAGCUCUCGGCAGCUCUCGGCUAAGGGGGUGGGGGUGAUAGCCGAGCAAGAAUUGCCUUUCUGGACUCCCCCACCCGUGCCGAGGAGGUUUGUGGCACAUCAGCGAAAGUCGCCAACCACCAUCAAUAUUGACCGCC